UACAUGGUGUGGGUCACCUAUCAGAUACGGGAUGAGAAGAACGGCAUUAAUCCAAUAGUUUAGAAACAAUAAUCCGUACUCCUGGGAACUCUGUUGUUCCUUCGCCUUUUGGCUCUACACUCCUGUAUCAUCACUAGAAACUACUGUUAAACCACGUCUGGGAAGGGGCACGCUGUGGUGUAUGGUGCAGCUGCCUACCCAGUACGACGCCGUCGCUCCAUACACUCUCCAACACGACGUCCUAACCCUCACAAGGUGCUGAAAAGAGAAUGGAAUAUGGAGCUCUAGUCAGUGUCAAACAACGAGGAUGAUUGAGGUCAAGAGAUUCUCUCUCAGGCGAAUCAAGGAAGAAAAUGCCUGAACAAGUAACCAACAUCUCACUUACUUGUAUCUAGGAGUCAAGCCUCACACAUCCCUCACGAGUGACUCAUCUGACAUUACUAAUGAUGAGUGAUCAGGAAGAGACGAUUAUAAGCUUGUGAGGAUAAUCUAACGCUUCUCGCUGUGUUAUUCAAUCAUCUUCGGGACGUUUUCUUAAGACUGUGUGAAACUUGAUUACAGAUGACGAGCGGAAGUCACAGAAAAGUUGUAUUUUCCUUUGAGAGAGACUUACUAAAUGUAAUAUUUUAAUCUCAUUGGUUUAAUUAAGAUAUACUUAUAAAUACUUUUUUUUUGGUAAUACAUGUAAUGAAAUAUUUUGAUAAUCAGUAGAAAAUUUUCAGUGUGAUUUAGAUAUCAAGAAAGUAUAGUUUAAGAAUGAAAAUCGUUUGAGUAUAUUAAGUUAGGUUGGGUCUGGGUGCAAUAAAUCACCUUGUUUGUGGUGGCCUUACAAUGAACUCCUGGAGGCCUCACCACAGCCUGGAGAGAACAGCCAGGCUGCGACGAACUAUUCUGUGGUCAUGGGUGUGGGCAUUUUUGUGGGCGUGGGUUGUGUGUGGGGCAACUAGCACGUGCCCUAAGGUAUGCGAGUGUAAGUGGCGGGAUGGGAAGGAAACUGUGUCGUGCCCAGAUUCCGAAUUCAUCGACAUCCCGCGGGGGUUGGAUCCCUCUACACAAGUGCUUGAUCUAAAGAAUAACAAUCUGCAGAUUCUCCCUCGUGAUGCCUUCGUCGACACAGGUCUUGUGAACCUGCAGAAAGUUUGGCUCAAUUACUGCAACCUCAAACACCUGGACGGUGGCGCUUUUAACAUGCUGGCCAACUUGGUGGAGCUGGAUCUGAGCCACAACCUGCUGCGCUUGGUGCCCUCAGCGGCUCUCAGUGAUGUAUCAGGGCUAAGGGAGUUGCGUCUGGCUCAUAACAUCAUCACGUCUUUGCCUGAGGCAUCUUUUACACCCACACCAGAUUUGGUGCGCUUGGAUAUUUCUCACAACCAGAUCGAGUUGAUCCACAAACGUGCUUUCCGCGGGUUGACUCGCCUGGAGGUGCUCAAACUAUCGGUGAACAAGUUGAACACACUGCACGCGGAAAUGGUAGUUCCUCUGGUGGCCAUACAUGAAUUACACCUGGAUGGCAACCCUUGGCACUGUGGCUGUCAGCUUCGUCCACUACGACAGUGGAUGAUAGAGCGCAAUGUAGCAUUUUCGGAGCCGCCUAUGUGUGUGUUUCCUGGACGGUUGCAAGGUUACUCUUGGCAGACAUUGACCCUGGACGAGUUUGUGUGUGAACCAAAGAUAACAGCGGUGGCGCCCAGAGUUAUGGCAGCUCACGGUGAAAAUAUCUCGCUAUCAUGUCGCCUGGAGAAUGACGUGGAUGCAGCAAUAACCUGGUUGAUAGGUGACCGUCCCCUUCAAAACGGGAGCGACUCCCAGCGGUACCGCAUGCUAGAACUGGUGUCUCAGACCAGAGAAUUUCGCUUGUCCAACUUGACUAUCUCGGGUGCAUCACCACACGAUCAAGGCACCUACCGCUGCGUGGCUCACAACAAAGCUGGCACUGUCGAGGCCAACCUGACCCUUCAAGUGUCCAAUGAGAUCGCUGAGGUACGACUGGUAACUAUGGAUCGUGUCUUCGUAACUGGCGGACUGUUGAGUGUCGUUGCAAUCAUCUGCGUAAUUCUCCUUCUACUUUUGGCCAUACUUUUCCGCCGACGUCAGCGCCUUCGGCGACGUCGAGGCCAAGAAAGUGAGCACAAAAACGAGACGCCGCAAUCAUCGCAAGAACAUGGAAGCACCUCCAGCGACUCUCAUCCGAAGCUGGCGGAGUACCACAUUGUGCCCACGAACGACUUGGAUGAGCCGUCGCCGUUGCCAACACAUUCCGAUAAGUCGUGGAUGUUGAGAGACGCUUCUGUCGACGACUUUCCUUCGACCAAGGAAUUAGAAAAACCGAACGUGUACACAGACAAGGAGAAGAGACGACUGGCAAAGCCUGGGCAAGUAGCGAGCGGCAAAACUACCUCUCCUAGUACAGUCUCUUACGUGGAGAUCCCCAAGUCAGAGACUACUGCCACCCCUCUCCAACCUAUAGAGGAGAGACUGAGGUGGAAGGAUACCAAAUUCGACAGUAAGGAUAGCCUCCUACGUCAGGCAGGUUCUCAGUUGUCCAUGGGCAGCGGAGGCCAUUAUCCUGACCUUUUAGAUUUACCAUACAAGCAGCAGGAGCAAAACUCGCAGCUUCAGCAACAGCAGUCUCGACCGCCGCUACAGCUACUGAACCCAGCUUACUGCACCAUGCCCAGGAGCAACACCAGACAACUGCCAUCACAGCAACACCAGACAACUGCCAUCACAGCAACACCAGACAACUGCCAUCACAGCAACACCAGACAACUGCCAUCACAGCAACACCAGACAACUGUCAUCACAGCAACACCAGACAACUGCCAUCACAGCAACACUAGACAACUGCCAUCACAGCAACACCAGACAACUGCCAUCACAGCAACACUAGACAACUACCAUCACAGCAACACCAGACAACUGCCAUCACAGCAACACCAGACAACUGCCAUCACAGCAACACCAGACAACUGCCAUCACAGCAACACCAGACAACUGCCAUCACAGCAACACCAGACAACUGCCAUCACAGCAACACCAGACAACUGCCAUCGCCGCAACACCAGACAACUGCCAUCGCCGCAACACCAGACAACUGCCAUCGCCGCAACACCAGACAACUGCCAUCACAGCAACACCAGACAACUGCCAUCGCCGCAACACCAGACAACUGCCAUCACAGCAACACCAGACAACUGCCAUCACAGCAACACCAGACAACUGCCAUCGCCGCAACACCAGACAACUGCCAUCGCCGCAACACCAGACAACUGCCAUCACAGCAACACCAGACAACUGCCAUCACAGCAACACCAGACAACUGCCAUCGCCGCAACACCAGACAACUGCCAUCACAGCAACACCAGACAACUGCCAUCGCCGCAACACCAGACAACUGUCAUCACAGCAACACCAGACAACUGCCAUCGCCGCAACACCAGACAACUGCCAUCACAGCAACACCAGACAACUGCCAUCGCCGCAACACCAGACAACUGCCAUCGCCGCAACACCAGACAACUGCCAUCGCCGCAACACCAGACAACUGCCAUCGCCGCAACACCAGACAACUGCCAUCGCCGCAACACCAGACAACUGCCAUCGCCGCAACACCAGACAACUGCCAUCGCCGCAACACCAGACAACUGCCAUCACAGCAACACCAGACAACUGCCAUCACAGCAACACCAGACAACUGCCAUCGCCGCAACACCAGACAACUGCCAUCACAGCAACACCAGACAACUGCCAUCGCCGCAACACCAGACAACUGCCAUCGCCGCAACACCAGACAACUGCCAUCGCAGCAACACCAGACAACUGCCAUCACAGCAACACCAGACAACUGCCAUCGCCGCAACACCAGACAACUGCCAUCACAGCAACACCAGACAACUGCCAUCGCCGCAACACCAGACAACUGCCAUCACAGCAACACCAGACAACUGCCAUCACAGCAACACCAGACAACUGCCAUCGCCGCAACACCAGACAACUGCCAUCGCCGCAACACCAGACAACUGCCAUCACAGCAACACCAGACAACUGCCAUCACAGCAACACCAGACAACUGCCAUCACAACAACACUAGACAACUGUCAUCACAACACCAGACAACUGCCAUCACAACACCAGACAACUGCCAUCACAACAACACUAGACAACUCGUCAUCUCCUCUCAUCCUGCAUCAUCAUCCUCAUCUUGUAUCAUCUCUCAUCUUGUAUCAUCUCUCACCAUGCAUCUUCACUCCACUGGACAACUCACCCCUCUGCAUCAUUUCUCAUAACGCACCAUCUUUCCUACUCUUGACAACUCUCUCGUUUUUAUACAGAGGAGAACUUGGAGUUGACGGAGGCGCAGUAGGUGGCAGCGAAGUGGAUGCUCCAGAUCCUUGUAACUUGGAGUACCACGCGGCGCAGCUGGAGAAGUUCCUUAUGGAGUAUAGGAGUCUGCAGGAGCAGCUCUACAGAAUGAAGGAAUCAUACGAGGCCAGCCAACGCUCAGAGAGAAGUGAUAAUCUUCACGAAGAGGUCAGCGGUGAGGUUGAGGACGACCACGUGCCUCCACCCUGUCCAGAAGCCCCUGCUACCUCCCCCUCCCCCUACACCCUCCCCCCAAGUGAGCUCCCUGCAGCAGAGAUGCAAGAAGAAGCUCUCAUGAGCACAGAGCCGCUCAGGUCCAUCCUGAAGAAGAGAUACGAAGAAGGUGCUCGGGGUCUUCCAGGUCUUCAGGGUCUGUUGGGGCUCCAAGGUCUGCAGGGUCUUAAGAGUCUCCAGAGUCUCCAAGGGCUACAAAGUCUUCAAGGCCUUCAGGGACUACAAGGACUCAAGGAGCUGCAAAACCUCCAGGGAGAUUAUUCUCAAAGUGCCUACCACAGCGAGGACUCCGACCGCCUCCGUCCCACGUUCGGACUGCCUCACCACACCUUCCUUGACCACGAGUCCUGAGUCCCGCUGAGGAAGGUAAACAGUGAAGAGGCAGCGACAAGAUCGGGCUGGAACUGGGGCGAAGUAAGUACUCAGGUUAAAACUGGAACGCAAGGCGACUACGGAAAUUAAGCAGCAGUGGUAAAAUGAAAUGGUCUCCUGAAGACACAGGUGGAACGGGAGAAACCUGAGGCGACAGCAGAACCAGUGAGAGAAAGAACUAGUGAACCGGCAUGGGAGGCUCGAGAAGGGCUCGAGAAGGGCUCGAAACAUCACGAGACCAGCUCUAAACAGCGUGAGAGGAACUCGAAACAUCACGAGACCAGCUCUAAACAGCGUGAGAGGAACUCGAAACAUCACGAGACCAGCUCUAAACAGCGUGAGAGGGACUCGAUACAUCACGAGACCAGCUCUAAACAGCGUGAGAGGGACUCGAAACAUCACGAGACCAGCUCUAAACAGCGUGAGAGGGACUCGAAACAUCACGAGACCAGCUCUAAACAGCGUGAGAGGAACUCGAAACAUCACGAGACCAGCUCUAAACAGCGUGAGAGGGACUCGAAACAUCACGAGACCAGUUCUAAACUUAAGAACUGGUCGAAACAUGAAGAGACCAUCUCUAAACAGCAUGAAGACAGGUCGAAACUCGACAGGAGCUCGGAAAGUUCUUCAAAUUCACUUCGCAAACACGAACCUGUGUUGGUCUUCGUUCUGAUCUGUAUUUUAUGAAAAAAUAUGAAUAUUAUUUAACAUUAUGAUAAUGAUUUGUUAAUAUUUAUAAUUAACAUAUUUAACGUUGGAGUUUCUGUGACUGUAUUUGCUGCCCAGUGGUGAGAUUGCUCAGAAACUACUAUUCUAUUUGCGGAUGGAGGAUCGAGUCUCCACUAACACUUGAGGUGAAUGACCCAUAUGGAUUUACAGCUUUCGUGAUGUAUAAGAGAGCUGCGGAAGGAUUUAAGAAGACGCACUUAAUCCUGUCUUAUCGUCACUGUCUCUUUCUCUCUCUCUCUCACUACAGUGUUACAAUCUUAGGUAAGGAUUAAAGCAGCAGGGUGCAAGCAUAUUUAAUCCAGGGAUAGCUCCGAUUACUUGGAUCAAGAGCCCUUCACCAGCAGUUGAUUGGAACUGUUUUCGGGAGCUGGAGAUAUAUAUUUAUACACCGAGAGGUAUACCUGGGUAUAGUCUCAUGGAUUAUAUCUCUUACGUGUAUAUGCACCCAAAGUAUACUUUAGCACCUGUUUUAAGGAUUAUUCUUCAUGUUCACAUGCCUUAUUGACGUAAGUGUAGUCGAUAGGCAUCAAACUUAGUGAGAGUACCAGAUAAUCACAAUACAGGAGUAACUGAAUGAGUUGAUGAGCUUACUGGGAAACGAGUGUGUGGAAUUACGAUAAUUAACAGGUUAAAUGUUAAGAUGAUUCCAGUAGUGGUAACAGACUUGAACACAAAUUAUUGCAACGAAAAAUGUAAAUUAGUAUUUCGUCUCCCAACUGGAACCUUCAUCAGCAGACUGAAUACUAGGGAGGUAUCUUAGUGCUGUGUUCAGCUCUUCACUUGACUUGUCAAUCUUGUGUAUUGUGCAGAUGAGGGCUGAAGAUAGGAAUUGAAAGAUACUCUCGUUUCCAUUGAUGACAAUGUCUGCUUGCCUUGUUCAUCUGUUUCAUCCAGCAGCUACUGGACUAAACAGCAUCUACUGGACAAAGUAACAGAUACUGGACAAAACAGCAGAUACUAGAAUGUACACGUUGGGUUCACUGUGACACUGCUGUGCUAUUGCCGGCCUCUACAGUGGAGAGUAUUUAUUUUUACCAGGGGUAGCCAGCCAUCCAAAAUAUUCCAGUGUCUUCGUUCCAGUUCACAAGAGGCGACGAGGCAACCAGCACUUUUUAUCCCGAGGGAUGUAGUGUGUUUUAACUUGUACACAACUGUAAGGAGGCAGCAAGCGUUCAAGCUUGCCAAGGGAAACACUGAGAGACCCAGUGGUUCAUCCUGGUGAUAGGGAACAGUUGAGUGCUCCAUCCUACACAGGGAGAAGGUGGGAAGCCAGUGUCUCAUCAUGUCCAGGGAGAGGAAGGCAGCAAGUAUUUCAUUACACCCAAAGAAGGGAAGGCAGCCAGUAUUCCAUUAUACCCAGUGAGAGGAAGUCAGCACAUAUUUCAUCAUACCCAAGGAGAGGAAGGCAGCCAUCAUGUUAUCAUACCCACGGAGAAGGCAGUCUGCAUGUCAUUAUACCCAAGGAGACGGAAGCAUAGUGUUCCAUCUUGCUGAGGGAGUGUGAGGCGGUGUUCCAUCCUAAUCAUCUACAGUAAUACAACAAUAUUGUUCCAUUGUACCCUGUUGUAUACCUUUAUUGACUUAAUACGAAGUCGACGAUAUUUCCCUGAAUGUAACAGCCGUUUAAAGCACGAUAUCACUUAGCAUGAUACCACAAUUGCGGGUAUCUGAAAUCAAUAAAAAUUGAUUUUACACUUCACACACCUGCAAUUCCAUUAUACGCAAAGACGCAAAAGGACGGCGACGCAACCUUGCGUCUUCUACCGCGAGGUGGUGCGGCUACCUAGUUUCCGAGGCGCGUUACUCGCUAGCAUCUCAACACCUGUGUGUUUAUUCCGUCUCACCUGUGUCUCCUGGAACACCUGGAAAGUAAAUGAGGUCAGUUAUUGGUACCAAGUUGUUGCCUUCGUUUAUUCCAGGUAAUAACAGCUGUGUGUUAGGUAAUUUAAAAGGGCAUUUUAAUCAGAGAAAAGCCAUUUUUACUAUUCCUUAAUAGUGGGAGAUGAAGCCUCGGGGUGGAAAGUGAUUUUCAAGAAAUUUCGCCCCCAGGUUAAAGUGUCUAAAUUACCACUUGUAGACUAUGUCUACCAGCUGUGUGUUUACUUGCCUCCCCCCCUCCAACCUCCCUCCCCCACGAACCUACUUCCCCCCUCCAACCUCCCCUCCCCCACACACACCCCCCUCCUACCUCCCCUCCCGGUGGACGCUGCCCAAACAUUACUG